CGAGGGGGUCAGGGGAUGCGGCGGCCAUUUUAAAUGAGGUAAAGUGAUCUGAUCCAGUUUUAUGCUCCUUGAUCUUUUCUUCAGCUAGCCCAUCCUACUACUUGUUACUUUCCUAUUUGUCAUUUCACCCCGCCUUGACAAUAUGGUUGAACCCGUACUCUUGUUACCCACCAAAUGCGUGGUGGAUCAACGACUCCGACUACGUGCUACCACAAAGCAUUCUGCUGAGUGCCUUGCUGCUCUGGACCAUGAGGCCAUUCUUAAGAUCAAAAUGGCUGGCAUUUCAUUCAAUCGUGACUUUGAGCUCUUCAAACUUAGUAACUUCCCUGGUCGUCAAGUAGUCCCCGGGAACAAGAUCGUGGGACGUCUUCAACAAUGUCUGGAUCCCUCCAUGUCUUCAGGGAAGUAUCUAUUAUUCCCCUAUCUGAACUGUUUGUCCCAGAGACUGCCGCAACCUUGUGAGAACUGCACCAAGUUGAAGAGAGAUGGUUUAGAAGAAUUGCUGAGUUUGACUUACAGGGCCCAUCUGGACUUCCCCUGUCUUUACACGUGGGAAUAUGGACUUUCUCUCGAUGGUGGACUUCAAGAUUUCGUUAAAAUUCGUUCACCAAGAAGUCUGUUGAUCCGGGUUGGUAAUGCUAUAAGCCUUCAUGAUUGUUGUUUCUUGAUGGAUUUGGCACUCCCAUUGUUUCUGUAUUUCCGCGAUAUUUUUGAUGGUUAUGGAGGAAAUGGGGCUGUGCCAUCCUCUUCCCUGAAACUCCUUAUAGUACUUAACGACACUGAGAAGGAAGCAAAUGAUAUCUUGGUUGUGCUUAAACAUUUCCAAGUCACCCCAAGUCGAGUUAAAAUUGUUGACUCUGCGUUACUUUCUAAACUUACUGAGAGUGAUAAGAGAGUGGCAUACAAGUCGAAAUUUAACCAUGCGUUUGUUUUCAACGUGUCGGACGCAGCAGUAGAAUUGGCAACACUAUCUGUUUCUACGGGACUUCAAUCAACCCGUUCUCGUUAUAGCGUCGUACUUUUCGACCAAUAUAAUCCACAUUCAUUACUCAAGAAUAAGGAUUUGGAUAAACAAUUUCCCGAUUUUACAGUACAACACUUCAGAAUGUCCUAUAAGGACCGACUUAAUGCAGAAGAAAUUAUCGAUGUGAUAUCCCAAAUGAAUAUUGAUGCCAGAGAAGGCAUACAGGUUUCUUCGCCAUCAUCUACAUCUACCUCUGUGUCUGGUACUACGACACCACCACCUCCUCAUCCUCAUCCUCAUCCUACAUCAACAACACCUGGACGGCCAUCCGUGACUUCUAUAGAUACUACAACAUCUACAUACUCAUCUUCUUCAUUGCAUCUGAACUCGACGUCUUAUUCGUCAGUAUCAAACCCGACAAGGUCGGGUGCUCGUGUUAAGGUACUACGUUUCCGUGACGAGGAUUCCAUCAUCGACAAACCCAUACAAAGCAAACCUAUAAAGACAUACUCAUGGCUCUGGUAUGAACGUGAUUUCAAUCUCUGUGACGAAAAUGAACACUCAGAUGACGAUAAUGACUGGUGCAAUAGCGUACGGCAAAUCAAUAGACUCAUCCGGUCUCCUAAUCAUAUAUCGCGAGUCUGCUAUACCAAGAGGACUAAACAAAAACACAUCAAUGCACUUCUUUUCUGAGGUAAGAAUCACCAUGCUGGCAUGAAUUGUAUACUACUGUACUAUUAAUUAAUUAUGUGAUAUGAAGUAUGUAUUUAUAUGUAUUUAUAUGAAAUGUAGAUUUUUUUUAGAGACGUCUCGACCCACUAAACUCCAUUUU